AAGGAGAAGAACUGGCAUACGAAUACAGGCUCAAUAUAAAAAGAAAGAUGAUACAUAUAAAGAUGAUACAUAUAAACCUGACUUGAUACAGGGAGAAAUCUGGCAUUUUAGUACAGUAACUACUGGUGGGUAACUAAGAUCUUCCAUCGGUUUAGAAAAUAUUCUGGCACUGGUUAUUUUAGAGUUGCAUUUGGCCUCUCACCUGCCACUUUCUAUCAUGUCCUGCCCCCUUCUUCCAAAUGAUACAGACAUAGGGACUGACAACAUAGACUGUUAUGUGAAGCUCUGACUAUUAGAGCAGCCGUCUCUUUGCUCUGCAGGCUGAUGGAGGAAGCCAGAACCUAUAAUCGGGCAGGAAACAAGAAGCAGGCUCUGCGUUGUUUGCGAAAGAGAAAGCUAGUGGAGCGUCGCAUUACGGAGCUGCAGAACAAGCAGGACAACAUACAGGGAAUCUUGGAGAGGAUAUCGGCUGCCGAAACAGACCGCAAGGUUGUCUCUGCGUACCAGAUGGGAGUCUCUGCUCUUAAACAGGCCCUAAAAGAUGUCACUUUGGAGAAGGCAGAAAGUAUUGUGGAUCAGAUUCAAGAGUAUUGUGAUCUCCAGGAUGACCUCAGUCAGACUCUGUCCUCAGUCACCGACGCAGAAUGUUUGGAGAGCUGCCAGCAAUGUGAGAUUACACGCCAGCUCUGCUAAAUGUGACAGGCGCUGGGAAUUUACCUGGAAAUCCUAUGUCCCUGCCCCGCAGCUUCAUGGACUGAUUCAGAGCAAUUGCCUCGGGCUUCCAGAUCUACGGGGGGUCACUUUGGGUCUAAAAUGUAA